AUGGAAGACAACACAAACGAAGUCUCCCAACAAGAUGAUCCAAUGGAAGAAGGGUACGACGAAUCCCCAUCCUGCAACUUUUGCACUUUUGCGGUGACGGGCAACCAAGUGACUUGGCAGGCAAUCUAUAUUUGCCAUGAUUGCAACAACGAAAACGAGGAUUCGCAAUCACCGUUGUGUAUCUGUCAAGCUUGUGCAGACAACUGUCACCACGGGGAUAAUCACGAAGUGGAGUACAUUGGUAUGGGUCCAUCCUAUUGCGACUGUGAUUGUAUCGGCGAAUGCAGCAUAUUUCAAAAAUCCUUAAAGGAGGCCGAACGGUUGGGGAUGAUCGAAUCACGAGAUUCGCAAAUCGCUUCGACUGCAAGCAAAGAAGGAUUGCCCAAAGAUCCCUUGCAACACGAUGCCUAUGAAAUUUCUAUCCUGAGUGAUCCGAAAAUGGCAUCUUUACUAGUCCAACAUGCACAAGAAUUGGUCCAAUACACAAAAGAGACACAUUGGAUUGACGAAAAGACUACCAAUCUAGAUGACUUGUGCCCACUGGAGUCGCUGGCAUGGAGCAUUUAUCAACAUCAUGUGAGCAAGUACAAUUUAUCCGCUUCAAAAGGCAACGUGGAUAGUAAUGGGGGUGCCGAAUGGUGGGUUCAAGUCAAGGAUACUUCCGGGAGUGCCACCGCAAUCGAUUUGCAUUAUGACAAGGAUGAAGCUUUGGCGGAGUCUUUCUCCAUCGGAUCAUUUCCAAUCUUGUCGACCGUCACCUACUUGACACCAUCCAGCGAAACAGCGGCACCAACGGUGGUCUUUGACCAUACCUACUCGCAAGGAGAAGACGAGGUCAUGAAUUUGAUGCUAGUAAGCCGACCCAAGUUGGGAAAGCAUUUGGUCUUUGACGGUUCUUUGUUGCACGGUGCACCAGCCCAUUCCAUGCUCAAGCCAACUAGUGAGACGCCGGCCAAUGAGGAAGGAUCAACAACACCGUCGAUUCGAGUCACUUUCCUGGUGAAUGUAUGGAAGGAUGGUCGACCUGCAAGCGUCCAUCCAUUGUCACCACAAAUUCGACAAAAAUUACAACUCUUGCAAUCACCAGGCGUCGCUAUGAAUGAAACCUUUGAAAUGUUUCCUCAUACUGUACCAACCAUUGCCUACGAAAAAGAAGAAGACAUUCCACAGUCGAUAAGGGAUCGAAUAGAGCUACCGUUUGUGACCAAGGGCAUUACAUGGGAGGACACUAUAGAAGAGGGUGAUGAUGAAGGCGGACUAGUAGUCAUUACCUUCCCACCACCUUCGACGGUGCCCGAUAGUACCUUUUUGGUUCGAUUUGGCCCAUCCUUACAGGCAUACCUGGACUAUACAGGUGGUGAAGCUCGCGUUGCCUCAAAUCGAGAGGAACAAGAGCAAGAACAGAAACAAGAGGUAGAAAGCGGCUAUGUCUAA